AGUGUUUGUACAAUAUUUGCAGUCAUUUUGUUAGUUUUUUUUGUGAAUCUAAAUUUUUUUGUAAAUCAUUUUUUCAGGUUCAAGUAGGCGGGAGGAGCGUGGUGUGUUCUGAUGUAGAGCAACACGUGGUACGUUUGCACAUACUUCAUGAGAUGUUUAUUUCAUCACCAACGCAAAAGAUUUUUGUGUAUAUUAGGAUUUCGGUUCACGAGGCGUGUGGCGAGCUGGAAAGGUGUUCAAUUUAUUAUUUAUUAAAUGAUUUUCAGGUUAUUAUUGAUGAAGAUGAUAAAUUUUUAAAAUUACUGGAAUUACUUGGUAUUUAUCAAGAACAAGGUACGUGUUGCAUAUUUAGGCCUAACAAAAAUAUCCUGUGCUUCCGAUUUCAAAAUAUAGGGUAAAAAUAUUAUUAAAAAUAUAUUAUUAUAAAAAUAUAAAAAUAUAAAAAUAUAUCACAUUGGUGUAGUUGCAUGACAUUGGUAGCAAUGGCCAUGAGUGUGUACACGAUCAGUGAGCAUUGCCACAACACAUAUGCAUUUCAAGAAGCAAUAGCUGUGGGCAAAGGACGCCAUUCUUGGCAUCACGUUGUAUUGUAAAGCAAGCAACGAAAAUAUAGUAGGGUCAGUAGGUAAGCGAACAGCCCAACCAUAUAUAUAAAAAAAAAACAUUAAAAGUUGGAAGAAAAAAUUUGAUUUAAUCUGAAGAGUUUUGACUUUUGUUCACUCCGCAAAUUGCUGAAAAGCGAAAAGAUGAGGUCAAGUUUGUUUUGCGCAUGCGCUAUGUGAGGGCCGUCUGGUGUAAAAACUACCCAAAUUUUGCGUUGUUUUGACAUCUUCUAAAUUGAAACUCUAAUCUAUAUCCUUUUAAAAGUAUAGCGAACCAGAACGAUGUUAGAUGUUAACUAAGUGUAUCAUAUUUUAUGAAUAUAGUGUCUUUAAAGUGUUAACAAAUGGCACAUCCGCUGAACGGACUUGACCGCCUCUUUAAGAAGCGUUAAACUGCGAUAUUAACAACAAAUGCCCCCUCUCUAGUAGAAAAUAAAUCCUUCAAUAAACGCCAAGGGCUUUUAUUACAUCAUUUACGGUAUUGGUACGUAUUGGCGUAGCAAAAUUUGUUCUUCUAUUUAGGAAGUGUUUUGGUGUUUGUUGAGAAACAAGAAUCGGCUGAUAGUUUACUGAAGGAUUUACUAAAGAGAUCUUACCCAUGUCUCUCGCUUCAUGGAGGUAAUUGCCUUUCACCAUAGCUGGAAAAUGUUCUUUCUUGGAACCUGGGUUUAGGGCUCAAAUUCUCAAAAUAUUCUGCCAAAUAUUACAAUUUUUUGGGAAAAUACAAUUUUGUGACUUUUAUCUUACAUGCCACAUGGAUUAUGUUCUUUCAGAUAAAUCCUCAAGUAGUCACAUUAGUUACAGUUUUACUGGAUCGAAAACAAAUUAAUAUUUUUGUUCCAAACUGUUCCGCUGUAAUUUAGGUAUCGAGUUAAUUUGGUAUUCAAUCAUUUCAAUAAUCAUGCUGUGCCAGCAUGAGCUCGACCUUUGAAUUUACUAUACGAGUAAAUUGUUAAACACGUCCGAAAUUAUCAAUACAAUAAAUUCGCGCAAUAACUUAUUGGGAUAGAUGAACCUAUAACCCUAAUCAAACCCUAGACUUGCUCCAAGUCUCUCUUUCAUUGUCAUAUAGUAUCGAUCCACUAUAGUGUACAUUACAUGACGUAGCGCGGAGGGGCGGAGCGAGAAAGAGAGACUUGUCGACUCGGUUCAAAACUGAACCGAAAAUGCAAGACUUGCUUUAAUUGUUUUCCUUCAAUUUCUGUUUUAUUUGCUAUUAUGGAACUCAUGUUAUUUACACUGUGCUAGAUCAAUACAUAUAAACACUGACAGAAAACAAUUAAAUUAAAGCAAUUCUUGCAUUUUCGGUUCAGUUUUGAACCGAGAUUUUCCGAAGUUGACAAGUCUCUCUCUCCGCCCCUUCGUACUACGUCAUGUAAUGUACACUAUAGUGCAUCGAUACUAUAUGACAAUGAAAGAGAGACUUGGAGCAAGUCUAAUCAAACCCCAACUCUAACCCCUAACAUAAUCUUAAUCUAACCAUAAUCUAAUCCUAAUCCUAAUCUGAGUGACACUAAUCUAAACUUGAUGACCGUUUUUUUAAUAAUCUGCUUUUCACCAUUGUUUGUUUUGUGUAUACGUGCCGAGAAGAAAUGAAACCACUGUUUGAAAUGAAACCUCCUUUUAGCAUGCAGUAACGUUUGCACAAAUAACAUGCCUUUAUUAGUCCAUCUGCAGCCAUUUGAGUCUAUGAAAUAAUAAAAUCCAUCCAUUCGUUUGUAGGUAUGGAUCAAUUCGACAGAGACAGUACUAUCGCUGAUUUCAAGAAUAAUACUAUAAAACUGAUGGUGUGUAUUUGUGUAUAUAAGUUUAUUGUACGUUAUAAAUCUAUUUUGACUGACUCAAUUAAGUUGCGAGUGUUGUCGCUGCAUGGUUAGUCUGUGCACCUCUAUACCGCCUAAAUUCGAUUUCUGCACUAUCUGCAGCCAUCUUAGCCUGCUCGCAGCCCGAAAAUUCGUUCAAAGGAAAACCCUAAUUUUCCGUUUCAAAUUUUCCGGGGAGCAGGCUACAGCCAUCUGAGUACCGUACUUUUGCCUUCGUUGCAUAUUAUAGAAGAGCUGCACUCAGUUUUGUAUUACAAAACACCGCAGGAUUUCUUCAGGUUCUUUGGUUUUCUCGCAUAUUAUAAAGUUGGAGCAAAAAGGGAUGGUUAAUACAGGACUUCUAUGGACAACAAUUUGUAGAGAACUGAUAAAGCUAUCCAGUUUUAAAAAUAUAGUUUGAUUUAGUUCUUACUGAUUCUAUAGCCAAUUGAAUACCCUUAAAAAAUGAGUAUAUCUAGCGUUAUUCGGCAAAGAAAAUGAUGUCGAGGUUCAUGUGUUUAUUAGGUUGCAACUUCUGUGGCAGCUCGUGGUCUUGAUGUUAAACAGUUGGUACUUGUUGUGAAUUUUGACUGUCCUAAUCACUACGAGGAUUACGUCCAUAGAUGCGGGUAUGUUGUAUCGUUCCAUGUUAAUGUCCAUCAAUAGACUGCAUGCAAAUUGCGUAUAAAUACCACAGGGGGUCCAACUAUAAAGAGCUGUGUUAUGAAUAUGAAUAAAACAUUAAUUAAACGUCAUAUGAAUAAAACAUCAUAACGUAAUAUAUUUAAAUUAUUGCACUUACUUGUAUAAAUCAUAAGAACUUGCAUUUGCAGUGAAUAGCUUCAAACAGGGCGCUUAUAUACGCUCAGAAACAUUGCUUCGAACGAUUGUUCAAAUAUGGCGAAUAAAUUGACAAAACGAAAAUAUUACAUGACGUUCCAACGAAAAUAACAGCAAGGAUUGCGGGCGCACGAGCAAAAAGGCGAGGGAAGAAAUAAAUAGACGGGAUGAAACAAAUAUCACGUGACUUUUUAAAAUGCUUCUAGACUAUCCGUUUAAGCUUUUUGUGGUAUUUUUAGGGCUCAGUCGAUGUUCUCUUACAUGAACAAGCCUAGUCAUUACCAAAAAAAGCACUGAUCAAUCUAAUUUAUGUGAUUUAUAACAGCGAGCAUUCUUGGCCGUUUUCGCGAGAUGUGUUCCAUAAGUAGCCUGUUCUCGUGACGUAUGACUAAAUAAUAAUAAAACUAAAUAAUGUAAAAAAAACGUUGGUCGCUACAUUUAAACAUUUCAUAGGCAGGAGGCGUUUUGGAAUUUUCCGAGAGAACAGGAUACUUAUGGAACACAUGCAUCACACGAUCGCAUUACCGGUGUUGCAUCCCUUCUAUUAAUAUCUAUUACCCUCGCCUUCCACUCGCGCCCGCAAUCCUUGCUGUUAUUUUCAUUGGAACGUCAUGUAAUAUUUUCGUUUUGUCAAUUUGUUCGCCAUAUUUGAACAUUCGUUCGAAGCAAUGUUUCUGAGCGUACAUAAGCGCCCUGUUUGAAGCUAUUCACUGCAAAUGCAAGCUCUUAUGAUUUAUACAAGUAAGUGCAAUAAUUUAAAUACUGUAUUACGUUAUGAUGUUUUAUUCAUAUUACGUUUAAUUAAUGUUUUAUUCAUAUUCAUAACACAGCUCUUAGUUGGACCCCCUGUGUAAAUACCAAAAGAGGAACGCUUGUAUGUACUGUCUAAAUUUACCUUCCGAAAGCCAUACCUUUUACUCUGCAUGGCACGCAGUAUGUUUUUCACUAGGCGAAUUCAGAUUCGCGCUAACCCUAACCUUAACGCCCUAACCCUAAUUUUGCUGCAUGACGUGGUAAGCGAUUAAGAGAAAGUCUCGCUUUUGUUUGCAUUUUAGCAAUUUUUUCUACCAAAGAAAAUAUAUGUAAAUAUGUUUUUUCUAUUAUUUUCAGUCGAACUGGCCGUGCUGGUAAUAAAGGGACGGCUUUUACAUUCAUCACACCUGAACAAGGAAAGUAAGUAUCCAUCCAGUGAUAUAUAUGUAGUUGAGUUUAAUAAAAAUAAUAUAACUGCGCGUCAUUCAACGUUUAUUUUUUACCAUUAGUAAUUUUUUCUAAAGUCUUUUCUCGCUGCUGUUCUACUUGUACUGUAUCAGUCUUUAUUUUAGUCCUCGCAAAUUUAUUUCAUCCAUAUACUUCUUAUCUUGUGAAAUCAUGUGACUAUUCCGCGCGUUUAUAACAUAUCGCUGAAUGUACAAUCUUUUUUAAAUAUGAUCAAGAUAAUUUUCUCUCUUUCCUUUGUUAGUCUGCAUAGAGAUCGUGAUUAUUUGGUUGUAAUUUUACCACCUGGCCUGUAUAUUGCUUGUUUUCAAAUGCAUUGAACAUCUUUAUUUCAUUGAUUUUAUAGAUUUUCCGUAGAUAUUACAAAGGUAAAUAUUCUGCUCCGAUUAUAUAGCACUAUAAACUAUUACUGUAGCAGAACACUUGCGGCUGUGCUGAACGAGUUACUUUAAAUUGAAAAAAAGUUGAUUGUGUGGUCAGUAGAUAUAUAGUUGAAGGUAUUGUAGAUGGAAAUUAUCGAGUGGAAAUUUGUAUACAUUUAUUACACCUAACCAGGAACAGCUGCGAAAAAUGCCUGGAAUCCAACCUGCGGGUCAGAUGCCAACAAAAUCUUGAUAUUUACCCAUAACCUAUACAUGGCAGUGCCCUAGUAUAUAUAUAUGAACUUGUGGUUAGGGCUCGACAACUAGACUCUGUAGCUCGUGUAGUUGGUUAGAGCGCUGCACCAGAAUCGCAUGCAGGUUUGAUUCCUGCCAGCGACCUAAAGUUGCAUUUCUCGCAGCUGUUCCUGGUUAGGUCUAUAAUAAAUGAAUAUAAAUUUCCACUUGACAAUUUCCAUCUACAAUACCAUUCAACUAUUAAAGAAUCACAGUCAACCGUGAUGCUUUGCGCGCUAUGUAAAUGUUUACAUGUAUGGGGAGCUAAAAAUAGUGUCUUCGAAAAUAGUCAAACACUAAAAAUCAUAUACAUAAACUUUAUUAUAAAUAAAAAAGUUUAAUACAUUUAUAUCUGCUGGUGUUUUGAUGAAAUCCUGAUUCCUGCCCCAUCACCUACUACGUUCAUGCAGUUCGUCCUUGCUUUGAUGGAGCAGGAUUUCGGCGACUCGCUAUGUGAAAACCCCCUCGAAAUCCCCCGUAUUCCCAGGCUUUCUUUCCUUUCCGUCCAAAGGGCGUACGUUGAACUUGUCAACGAUAUUCUUUUUGAUAUACCCUCACUUGUUGGUCUUCCACGAACGGGAAAUACAGAAGUCAUCAUUAGCCAUCUACUUUAUAAAAUGAGAAAACGUUCUAAAAUCAUUGGUUAAGAUAAAUAUACACACACGCCAAAAUCUCAAUCAAUUAUCUAUUAACAUAGUCCAACUAUGAAAAAUAUGACAUCUAAGAAUAAUGCAGAUUGAUAUAAGGAUCAGGAUACGCUUCGGAUGUCAAUCUUUCGACACUAAAGUCGCUAAUAAAAUGGCGGAAUACAAAACAAUCAAAACAUUUUAGCGCGCAAAGCAUCACGGUUGACUGUGAUUCUUUAAUCAAUCGAGUGAGAUGCCAACAAAUUCUUGAUAUUUACCCAUAAUCAGUAGAUGUAUGUUUCGAGAAACAAAGAACGAAUGCAUGCUGUUACCACUUUCAAAAGAAAACAAAGAAUGCAUGUAGUUAUCACUUUCCCAUCCAAGAACUAAUUUUCAUUGUCCCCAUUGGGUAAGUUUGCUGGUAUUAGACAACGUAAAAUCCUAUAGUGCAAUGUUUAUGCAUGAAAAGAGACGAACGCUGGAAAAAUGUUGAAAUCGUAAUAUCUACUUCUGGUGGAUUUUUAAUCUUUUUGAUCUCUCAGUAAAUAGUGUUGCCGUUUCCAGGGGCUGGAACUUUCAGGAGCGGGUGUACCUGACGAUUUGAAAGCAUUGAUGGAAGAAUAUAAAGAACAAAGGAAAGCGGUAUGUGUUUCAUGUUUGUUUGUGUACUUUUAUGCAUUGCUCUGAUCCUUUCGCCAGGGCCAGUUGCAGUGAAGUGUUUUGCUUGUCAAGCUCCACGCUCUUUUCCUAUCUAUGCGAUAUAUCGAACACUAGAGAUUGUGCUAUUGUUACUGUUGUGCUCCUUUAUUUUUGUGUUGAUCGUUUGGUAUGUCAUUGACACUUCUUGACAUCAAGGCUAUACAGUAUUUCCAAUUUUGGAAGUCCAGUACUCUGCCGUUAAAGUAUAUUUUCAUGCAUGCAUUGCGCAUUUGUACGGGUUUACUUAACCAUUAUUUUUUGAAAACGCCCCCAUACCUUACGGUCCGGACACGACAUACUCGGUGUAACUAACUAUUGUGCUUGACCAUAACAAUGAUUGUAGGAAGGAAAAGGCAUUGUAAAGAACAGCGGAUUUUCUGGGAAAGGUAUAGUAAGCAGAACUUAAGAUAAUUUUCUUUCCGAAACAUUCACUCCAAUACGUUUCUCUGUCUUUCGUUUUUUGCACCACCCAUUGGUGGUCGCGUGAAAACGUUGAAUGAGAACAAAAUGCUUUAGUAGCUUAUAUAUUUGUAUUGUUUUACAGGAUUUAAAUUCGAUGAAGCCGAGAAAAACCAAGUUAACGAAGCCAAGAAAAUGCAAAAAUGGGUAAGAUAUCGGACAAGCAUAUUAAAGCAUGUAUUAAUGAAGGUGGCUCCCUUCCCUACAGUCGUACUUAUGGCAAUUGACAAUGCAAAGUGUUACCAUGCCGGGCAACAUGGCGAAAGCAUACAGCCUGCGAGUUUUACCAUGCACAAAAUUACAACUUCUUGUCAAAAUUUGAAGAUAGGCUACCGAUAAAAAAGCGUAGUGUAAUGCCCCUUGUAAAAAUGUUUAAAAGCCAUAAAAUUACGGAUGUGGACCUCACAAAGUUUCUACUUUGAUUUAAAGUUUCUACUUUAUAACUAAUAAAUUAAUCACGGGUAGGUUGUAUGAAGGCCGGAUAGUGAUUUUUUCAAGCUUAUAACCCACAUUAAACUUUAGCAUUUAUAAUUAAUUUCCAGGCGUUGGGACUGCAAGAUUCAGAUGAUGAGGCUGAAGCAGCAGAUCAAGCCGCAGACCAGGUAAGAUUUUUAUUGGGAUGAUUUUAAUUUCAAUUUCGCUGUCAGCGGACUAAACCAAUGUACACUAAUCCUAACGGAACCAUACAUGACUUAUAAUACACUUUUUCAAUUAUACAAUUCUCAUUAGUAACUUUGACUGAAAUCUGGUAGUGUUACCACAACACCAAAACGGUGUAAAUUCUUGCAGCUGCAUGUGUGGACACCAAUCUGGUGUUAACUUACACUCAAUUUUGUGUCAAACUGUCAAUGUACACCUUUUUUAAACCUGGGUUUUUGGAAGAAAAAAAAUUUAUCUCAAAGAUAAUCUUUCUAUUAAGCCUUUAGCUAUAUAUAAUUUCUGUUUUAUCUAAUAUUUACCAGAUUGAUAAAGACAUCGCCAAAGCCUUUAGUAAUAAACCAACCUUGAAGAAAACCGGUAUAGCAGUUGCUCCACCAGUUGCUCCUGGCGCUAACCCGCCUGAAGCUAUUAAAGGGGCACAGAAAGGUAACAUUAGAUGUAUUUCCAUUUUUAGCUGUUUAAAAUUCUGUAUUAUUUUUGUAAAAAAAACAGGUUUAAGGAAAAUGCUAUCUCGAGAAUUCAAUUUGAGAUUUAACAGUAUAGAUAAAACGUUUUUCUCUGACUCGAAUUUCUAAAGGAAUACCAUAUGGUUUCCUGUGCAGGAUAGUGUCAUCCACGCACGCGGGAUGAUUUUUUACGCUUUCCAAAAGUCGAGCAAUAUCCCAAGUGCAUGGAUUCGCUAUCCUGCACGGAAAAGAAAAAACAAUUAGUAAUUGUUUUAUAAAAUAACUACAGUGAAACAACGGCCAGUAACUUUAUUUUUAAAACGUUAACUUUAUUUAAACGUUAUUUAAACGGUUAACUUUAUUAUAACUGUAUUAACGUUUUUGUUAACUUGUCUCUCGUUUAUUAUAGUGUUAACUUCACACGUUAAAAUGUUUUCAUUGUCCGACAUUUUAAAAAGCCCGCGCGAAGGCAAUAAAAUAUUGCGUGCGGGCAUUGACCAAUCAAAUCGCGUGUUUCACUGUAGUUACUGUGAUUCUUAAUUUGUUUAUAUGGAUUUUCUCGGAAUGCGUUUAUUUCUGUUUCUUGCUGUUCAAAUUAACUUUUUAACAAAAUGGUACAAAUAUUUUUCAGCCAAGCUCAAUCUUGCUGCCAGCAUAGCUGCGAAGAUCAACGAGAAGAUUAGUUCGGGAAAUGUAAGUAUGCGGGUCAUCUCAAGAAAUGAAAAUUGUUUGUGUUUGAUGAAGCAUAGUUGAAUUGAAUUGACCAUUUACGCAAUAGACAAAAUUUUGAUCUCAACAAGUCUAGACAAAUAUUUCAUCACAGCUUGAAAGAGCAUCACAAAAUUAGUAAUAUUCCAAAGUUUCGUUGCGAAAUGUUGUAAAUAUUGACAGCCUCAAAGCGUAUCGGGCUGUCAAUUUCCCGUUUGUAAUCUAAAAUGACUGAAAAUUGCAAACUUCGCAAGGCUAUAUUAUCCGCAUUUUACAACAUUUCGCAACGAAACUUUGGAAUAUUACUAAUUUUGUGAUGCUCUUUCAAACUGUGCUGAAAUUUUUGUCUAGAUCAAAAUUUUGUCUAUUACGCAAAUGGUCAAUUGAAUUGAAUUGAAUUAAUAGAGGAUGAAGUAAUUAUUAUACUGGGGCAGGAUAAAAAUUUGUGAUUGGCGCUAACCCUCGGUUAAAAUUUAUCUGCUGUUUUAGUUUAUGUAUUUCUGCACAUCUAUUUAUUUUAAAACUUUUAAAACAAGAAGAAAACUUCUAUACUGAUCCAGACAAGAUUUCUGAAGAAAUAUUUCCAAAUUUAUGCAACAAGCUGUUGGGAAGUUUCCUUUGAAUUUUAGAUUAGCCCAGGGUUAGCUUAUCGGAUUUCGAACAACCGGCCCCUGUAUACUAUCUUUCAAGGGUGGAUUUUCAUUUUUUUUAAAGGAAGGGUGGAAAAAUUUCUAGUUGGAUGCAAGCAGCACCACUGAGCAAGCUUCGGCAGGGGUUAGGCGUUAGGAUUAAAGACUUUCACACAAAAUAGGAGAGGUGAAGGGAAAUUUUGGUGGGGUUGAACACUUUAUAAGAGGGGUUAGAGAGAUUCUAGGGGGUAACCCCUCCCCCCAGUAAAUCCGCCCAUGCUAUCUUUCACCUUUAUUAACUCACUACCUCGUUUUCGUUGUUUAGAAUUUAGACAUGACGCAGCAAGCUACAAGUCAGAUCAUGAAGGGUGAAGUUGUUAGCAAAAUGUCUGUAAGUAAAUUAACCACCGUAAUCGAGUACUCUGCGAAUUAAGAUACAUGCAUGAGCAUGGACAUGGGAAUAUAUGAAAUACAUUUUAGAAUGUCGUUGAAAAUCUUUCUACAUGCAAGUUAUAUUCAUAUUUUGCUUUAUUCUUCGAAUAUGUUGACUGAAAUACCGUACGUAAAUCAACGCGUGCUGUAGCCCAUCAGGUUGGAUUAUUAUAUGGAUAUGCAUGUUUCGUCAUCAACAGGAUCACUCAAAGUUUAUCUCAUAUUUCAUAUUUAACCCAAAACUCAUGAUAUUUAAAAUAUCCCUCCAUUGUCAUUGCACUCGUUUUAAAGGAGGAAUGCUCCUUUUGAACCAACGCCAGUUAGUGAGAUUAUAAAAAUGUAUCCAGGGUAGCAGCCUUCUCAUUGUUUCAAACGUUUUUGUUAACAAGAUAAACUGGACUUCGUUCCUAUGUUAUUUUAAACUAAAGCAUAAUGCAUUGUGCUCCUCAUGUAGGGACUUGGUUUGGCGAAACAACUUGCAGAAAAGGUGAACAAUAAACUGAACUACAUACCUGCUGAACCGGAGAAAGAAGAAGAGACAACAUCGUCUGAAGAUCGUUAUGAAGACGAAAUUGAGAUCAACUCUUUUCCGCAACAAGCACGUUGGAAAAUCACUUCUAAGGUACGACCUAUUCCCGUCGGUGUAAGCUCGGUUGUGGAGCAUACGGUUUGCAUACAAUUUUAAGUUUGCAUUAUUUUAAUUUCUAGUCGAGGAUGCGAAUUAAUGGAACCAACGUCGGGCUUUUUUAUUGAAAAAAAAAAUACGACCAUUUAUCAGUUCUGGUUUGUGGAAACACCACGUACUGUAAAUGUAUUAUUUGCAAAUAAUAAAUUUACGUGGUGUUUCCACAAACCAAAACUGAUAGAUUUUAUUAUUCGCCAUGCAAAGGAACUUAUUUAUUCAUUUACAGUAGUUAUGUAGCUAAUUUGUUGUUCUCCAAAGACUGUAUAAAAAUAGUCAGGGUGGAAAAUUGUUGUCACUGCAUCUUGACAACAUGUUUUAGUGUGAAAGAUUAAAAUGAAAACAUUAUAAAAGAUUAAAAGUAAGCGAGUGGAAGCAUAUAAAGUUUAAAUUCGUCUAAUUAAGGAUUGCCAUUCAUAUUGAAUAGCAAUUAAACUACAGGCAACUACAAUCUUACAGUAUGUUAAUGCAUAUUUUAUACAUUUUUACCCACCCUCUUGCAGGACACGCUUUCUCAAAUCACUGAGUAUUCUGAAGCAGCAGUAACAGUGCGUGGAACAUACAUUGCUCCAGGUAUGUUGGUCAAAAAUGUGCAAAAGUCAUCACUUGAAAGUAUUAAUACAUGUACGUGAAAAGUUCAAAAAAGGGAAAUCAUGAAUUAUCCAGUUACAAUUCGUGCAUGAAGAGCAGUAUUGGAUCCAGUUUAAUAACUAUUGAAUAUUGCCCAAGAAAAUUGAAUCUGCUGAGACAAAUUAGCACAGAUUCAAUGAAACGAACGAUGCGAUGCCAUCGCACAUCGCAUAACUGAUAUCAAGCUUUUGUAAAUAUUCCAUUUAUUUAGGAAGCCAACCUGCUGAAGGGGACAGAAAAAUAUAUCUAUACAUCGAAGGUACAUCAUAUAUAAAUAUGAUGGGAAUAUCCCACCAAAAACGAAUUUUCACUUGCCAAAUAUACACACUGUGUAUUAAUGACAUGCACUGCUCUCUUAAUUAUAAUGUAUAUAGGACCCUCUGAACGAGCUGUUCAAAUUGCGAAAUCGGAAAUCAAACGGGUUCUCAAAGAAGAACUGCUUCGUCAGGUAAGCAGGUUUCAAUACUAUAAAUAAGUCAGCCAGCUGGUUCUGUGUAGGGAUUCAUGCAGCUACCAUUAACUCCUCAGAAGAAUUGUAAACAUUAUAUUUUAUUUUCAGAGUAAAUAUCACGCACCACAGCCAGCAGGACGGUACAAGGUUAUUUAGCCGAGAAAAUCAUACUUUGGAGGUGACACCUCUGCAGAGCAGUUUUGUUGGAUAAACAUCGAAAGCUUUGUGUUUGUUCACUUUGUUGAUUCAACUAUACAACGCAACUAGACAAGACACAUUAGAGAAGACAUUCUCUGUCCAAAAUAUUACAAUCACUAAUUCAACGAAGACCCACACAUAUAUACCUGAUUUUCUCAACUUGCAUCAACAUUGAUGCGUUCAAGUUGUUUUAUCAGACUUGUCAAAACUUGAUGUCCACAGACUUGCUCAAGUUGUUUCAACGUUGAACAAAAUUUGUAAAAUAACUUACCUUAUAGUUUCGAAAGCUGUGCUUUAACUCAAUCUUGCUAAUGUCAUUCAUGCACUUGAACUCAAUCUUUCUACCUAGCUUCUAAAUAUAUAACGGUACAUUGGAAUUCGAUACCAACACAAAAUAUGAAUGAAGGGAACUGAACUAGUAUACUUUCAAAUAUCUGCAUGUAACGUUUACUGAGAUACCGAACUGCAUGCAGAUAGAGACAUGGACAUAUAUAUGUAAUUGUAAAUAUAUGUUUUCAUCCUCGUGCUUUUUAGGGAAAUAACGAUUGAUGUAAAACAGAAGCCUAUAAUAAAGAAUGAAUCUUCUGUGCA